AGCACCUCAGUUCUCAGGAAAGAACGUCCGACAUCGGUACCUCGUGUGAGUCCCGAGUCACGAGCUCUGCCAGUGGACGCACUAUCUCGUCGUCGCCGUCGUUGCCGCCACCUUAAUCCCGUUCGAAGAUUCUCUCACCUGGCGGGCGAGCGAAUUCGCGCCUCCGCGUUCAGUGCGUUCAGCGUUCCGGUAAGAAAAGCCUCGUUCGUCCGUAUCCGGAAAUGUCGUUUCUUCCGAGGUGCAUUCGGUGAUCUCGCGAGAUCGACAGUGCGCCCACUGCUGCGGACGGAUUAAUUGCUGACCCGAGUCGGUGUGGUAGCGGAACGGCUUCCUUCUCGGCUUGCCGCUACGACUACGUGCUGAGUGGACGUCCAAGGUCGGAGUUCACGCGGAAGGUCGCGCCCGCCAAGGAAAUGGAACGCAGGAUCGCGACAUUUUGCUUCCUCCUCGUCGUGUCGGCCGCCAAAGGAUCUAAUGGCGCCGGAUGUGGUUAUCCGGGUGCACCGGCGCACAGCAGCGUGCGUUUUACCGGCACGGAGGUCGAAGAUGUCAUAGACGAGGAGGAUGCUCUCCUUAAGGACACCACGUUACCGGUGGGCACCGUGGCCACGUAUUCCUGUGAACGGGGAUUCGAACUCCUGGGACCUGCGAGAAGGCAAUGCCAAACCGACGGCAUGUGGGCGCCGGAAGGUGUGCCUUUCUGCGUUCUGAACGUGGCCGGCGGCAAGGCGCCGAUGCAGUCCAGCAACACGGACGGCGGAAUUCCGCAACGCGCGGUCGACGGAAGUAGCAGUGAGAUUUACACGUCGCAGGCCUGCACCCUGACGAAGCUCGAACGCAGACCAUGGUGGUACGUGAACCUGCUGGAGCCGUACAUGGUGCAGCUGGUGCGUCUGGACUUCGGCAAGCCGUGCUGCGGUGACGGUAUCCCCGGCACUAUCGUCGUCCGAGUCGGCAACAAUCGGCCAGACUUAGGAAUAAAUCCGAUUUGCAAUCGGUUCAACGGGCCACUGGAGGAAGGACAGCCGCUCUUCUUGCCCUGCAACCCGCCGAUGCCAGGAGCUUUCGUCUCGGUGCACCUGGAGGCCGACGACAUCCCAGUGCAGCUCUCCUUGUGCGAGGCGUUCGUCUAUACCGAUCAGGCACUGCCGAUCGAGAGGUGUCCUCAAUUCCGGGACCAACCGCCGGGAUCGACGGCGACCUACAACGGAAAGUGCUACAUAUUCUACAAUCGCCAGCUGGUAUUCAAAGAUGCUCUGGCCUUCUGCCGCAAUCGAGGCGGCAGUCUCGUGGACGAGAGCAAUCCUGCUCUGCAAGGCUUCAUCUCCUGGGAGCUAUGGAGGCGACACAGGAGCGACACAUCCAGUCAGUACUGGAUGGGCGCGGUUAGGGACUUGAAGGAUCGGACGUUGUGGAGGUGGACCGCAAGCGGCGAAGUGGUGUCUGUCUCGUUCUGGGACUUACCUCAAGGUACAAACGACUGCGCUCGAUACGACGGUGGUAGAGGCUGGCUUUGGACCGAUACGCCUUGCACAGCCCGGCUGAAUUUCAUCUGCCAACAUCAACCACGAGCUUGUGGCAGACCCGAGCAGCCGCCGAAUUCUACGAUGACGGUGAUUAAGACACCCCGGAGCCCGAACUUCACCAGCGCGUACGAAGUCGGGACGACGGUGGAGUACAACUGCAACGCGGGCAAUCUUCUGAUCGGGCCGGGGACCCGCACCUGUCUCGACACCGGCUUCUACAACGACUUCCCACCGGUGUGCAAAAGUAUCGAGUGCGGCUAUCCCGCGAGCAUUAAGCACGGUGGUUAUACACUCAUUAAUAAUACUGUCAGUUACCUCAGUCAAGUACUCUACUCUUGCGAGGAGGGCUACGAGAUGACCGGACGCGCCCGAUUAACUUGCGACAUCGACGAACGCUGGAACGGCCCGCCGCCGCGAUGCGAGCCGAUACUUUGCGAUCCCCCGGCUGUGGUCGCGCACAGCACCAUUCAUGUGGAGGAGAUCGACGAAGACCAGAGCGUCCCGGUCAGGAACAGUUUCAACCGGAGCCUGCUGGUCGGUAGCAUCGUCACUUACACGUGCGAGAAAGGCUACCGGCUCGUCGGUUUCCGGCAGAUACUCUGCUUGACUACCGGACUGUACGAUCAUGUCGCACCCACAUGCACAGAAGAGCCACGGACAACCGUGACCGUUCCCUCCCGAGCGACGGCACGUCCGUCGACCCCGAAGGUCCGGCCGUACCUGACACCGCGUAUCAGGACGACGACGAGCUCGCCCACAGUGGCCACCAGCAGCACGACCUCCUUGCCGCCCCGGAACGUAGCCAACACGGCGGAACUGCCGGCCACAGUGAGGGAGACUGUGUCGAAGAGGCCGAGCAUCGGGCUGAACAAACCGGCGCCGCCGACGGUGCUGAACGACGCCGAUCAUCCGCAGGACAAUGAGAUAUCCGGGAGCGGAGUCGAUCACGCCCAGGCGGGGAUCGGAGCGGCCGUGCCGGAACCGUCCGGCCCGUUCAGGGUGGACAGCGCCGAGCAGCCGAGCGGCGCUCACCAGGCCAAGCUGAAUCUUGGCGCCGUGAUCGCGCUGGGAGUGUUCGGCGGCUUCGUGUUCCUCGCCGCGGUGAUCACGACGGUGGUGAUACUCAUACGCAGAAACCGUGGAAGAAGCAGUAAGCAUUAUCGUCACCGUGCGUCGCCCGACUGCAACACCGUAGCCAGCUUCGACAGCAGCUCGUCGGAGAGCCGGGGAGGUCUGAAUCGGUACUACCGUCAAGCCUGGGAGAACCUGCACGAGACCGCCGGCCACAAGGCCGGCCAUCCGCCGCUCCGUCGCAAGGAGACCCUGGAUGAACCAGGAUACCGAGAGAACUUCCGCACCGGCAACAACACCGAGCGCGACGGCUCGGAGCUGGUCGUAAGCGACGUGGCCGCGUACCCGUCCAGCAAGCACGCCAGCAUCUCCGACAAGAAGCGCCAUCACCACCACCAUCAUCACCAUCACGGUAGCGCGACGCCCGACUGGAGACAGUCGCAGUCCCACCAUAGAUACUAAAGGGUCGAGAAGAAACGACGAGCGAGAGACUUUCUGUCGUUCGACUCGCUACGGUCGCUACGGUCGUCUGCGCGCGAUCUCGCAGGCGGAAGGACGUAGGAAGGACGUAGGGAGCCUGUAGUGAACGUUCAGCAAACGCGGCUUCGAAGGGUCCACCUUUGAACGAGGGCGCACGGCGAAUACUCCAGCAAUCUGUAGCCCAGACGCGGGAAUCCAGAAACGAGCCGGGAUGUAGAUCCUGCAUACGUAUUGUUCUGUUUUACGUCGUAAAUUAUUUAUAUUAUCGUCGCUCUCGCCGUACGAGAUGUAAAUACAUGACAAUUGUAGCUGGUAAGAAGUAGCCCUUAACGACACACGCACACAUACACACAGAGGUAGUUCGUAAGCUUAAGAACGGCGAGUCGUCAUCGAGGAAGGUGGUAGAAGCUGGAUCGCAGAGGACAUGCCAAAAACAGCAAAGAAGUAAUAUUGUAAUAAUGAUCAAACAGAUGUUAAUGUAACGCUUAACGGUAAGGUUACUGUAAGACAACAACCCGGGGAUUUCACGUUUUUACAUUUGGAGAAGCACGACGACGUCCAAGGGAUGUCGGCGCCACCGAUAUCGGCGAAAUUCAUAUCCGUUAUGGGUACCUUGGCCUCGCUUUAAAAGGAUCGCUAUGUUUCCAGACAAACGGGACGCUGCAUAUAGGUGUCGUUAAGGGAAGGCCGAUGUUAUCCAUUCAGGAAUCAAAGAGACGCGCCGCGUCAAAUGCGGCGCGCGUCCGACGGCAAAUGUACGAAGGCACUCGCGGAAAAAAAUUCCCAUGCGCCUCGCGAAUCGCUCUAACGUUAUACCUGCUAAUAUAUAUUACUAUGCUACUACCGAGUUCUCUUGUAAUAU